GUUGGAGAAGGCAACUAAUAAUUUCAAUAUAGACAGAGUUCUUGGGCAAGGAGGCCAAGGCACUGUGUACAAAGGAAUGUUGGAAGAUGGAAAGAUUGUUGCUGUAAAGAAGUCUAAAAUAAUUGAUGAAGCCAAACUCUCUGAAUUCAUCAAUGAAGUUGUCAUUCUUACACAAAUCAAUCAUAGAAAUGUUGUCAGGCUAUUGGGAUGUUGUCUGGAGACAGAUGUUCCACUUCUAGUUUAUGAAUUCAUCCCAAACGGAACACUUUCUGAGUAUAUUCAUGACAAAAAUGCAGAGUUUCCUUUCACAUGGAACAUGAGAUUACGAAUUGCAACUGAAGUUGCAGGAGCUCUUUCAUACUUACACUCAGCAGCUUCUUUUCCAAUUUAUCAUCGAGAUGUCAAGUCUACGAACAUACUCCUUGAUGAAAAAUUGAGAGCAAAAGUAGCAGACUUUGGUACAUCAAGAACUAUCUCCUUAGAGCAAACUCACCUGACCACUUUAGUUUAUGGCACAUUUGGCUAUCUAGAUCCAGAAUACUUUCAGUCUAGCCAAUUCACAGAUAAGAGUGAUGUUUAUAGUUUUGGAGUGGUUCUUGUCGAGCUCUUGACCGGACAAAAAGCAAUAUCUGCAACAAGGUCAGAGGAGGAAGGAAGAAGUUUGGCAACAUAUUUCAUGAUGACGAUGGAGGAAAAGAGCAGUAGUUUGUUCGACAUUCUUGAUGGUCAAGUUCUCAAAGAUGCGCCAAAAGAAGAGAUCUUAAUUGUUGUUGAUCUUGCAAAGAGAUGCUUACAUUUGAAUGGAAGGAAUCGACCUACCAUGAAAGAAGUAGCAAAGGAGCUAGAGAGGAUUCAAGGCAUUGAUAAUAAAGAUUCCAAUGGUAUUCAACAUAAUUAUGAAGAUUUAGCAUAUGCACAACCUGAAAUUGCAGACUACUCUUGGAAUGUUUCCACAUCGUCAACAGGGUUAGCUUUUGAUAGUGCUGCUACUAGCUUCUCGUUGCAUCAAGAAUUACCAUUGUUGUAAGGGUGAACAAAUAGUAAUAUCCUUUUUGUACGUAGAACUCUUCACUUAUUUUUUUCUAUCUCGAAUUUAGAGAUCAAUUAUAUAUUGUGGUUUACUUUAUUGGUUAAUAUUGUUAACUUUGGUUUCAUCUGAUUGUAUAAGCAUUCAAUGCUUGGUACUUUUACUAUGUAAUAUAAUAUAGUAGUAUUCGUGUUUU